GGUUAUCGUACUUAGUUUUAUGUUUGGGUCUACACAUAACAGGAGAAUUAACGAACGUCAAACAUAAAUUAGAAUCGGACCAAAAACCUGGACAAUAAAGCAAGUGACCGUCCGCCUGCACCAAUCUCUCCGUUUGGACAGGUGUAGGACCACCGUUACGAGGAGGAUUCUGGGUAUUCUCACCGAGGAGGAGGGUGGACGGUGAACUGUUUUCGAAAGGAUAGUGAUUGUGAAGCGAGUUUAGGGUACAGGUAGGAGUAUAUAAGGCCCACAGAUUCAACCCAAGUCAGUCAUUCCCCAAGACACCAGCCCACCACAUAGAAACCAAACAACCAUGAAGGCCUUCAUUGUUCUCGCAUGCCUCGCCGUUGCAUCGGCUUACCCCGGUCACGGUCACGGAGGUAACUUUGGAGGUCACGGAGGAGCCGGUCUCAGCGGUGGACUCGCCGCUGGUGCUAAAACCGCAGGCUCCCUCCAGGGUGGUGCUUCCAGCUUGGGAUCCGGUGGUCUUGGUGCUAGCUAUGCUGCUGGAGCAGCUCAAGCUGCUGGAUCCGCUGGAGUCCAACAAGUCGUCUCCGGAGGUGUUUAUGGUGGAAGAUCAGAUGUUGGACCAGCAGAAGGACCCAAGGCUAAUGUUGGACCCCAGACUGGACCAUCAGAUCUCGUUGGACCCCAAGAAGGAGCCAAAUCCGUUGGAGGACCCCGUACUGGACCAGCUAGCCUUGUUGGACCCGCUGCCGGCCCAUCCACCCUCGUAGGACCAUCCCAAGGAACUGCCACCCUCGUAGGACCAUCCCAGGCUACCGCUCACCUCGUUGGACCCAGCUAUGGUGGUGUUGCUUUCUACGCCGGAGCCGGUGGAAUCAACGGUGAUGACGGUAGCUCUGGCUCGGCCGCUGCUGCUGCUCCCUCAGGUGGUUUUGGAGGUCAUGGAGGUGCUGGUGCUGGUGCCGGUGCAGGAAACGGUGGUGGAAGCGGUGGACACGAUGGAGGAUAUGGUAAAUGGUAAACGGUUCAACACCUCAUUCAUAUCAACUUGGCGACAUCGGCAACCUCCUACAAUUCUACCGAUCAACGAUGCUAAAAGCGCUCAAAGUCGCAUUCCCAAAGCUAGAUACAUCCUAGGAGCAUG